AUUCAAAUAUUUGUUUCAAUAUUUCUUCUUGAGAGUUUUAUCCAAACCAAAUAAUUUCUCUGCGUGUAGUGUAUGUUCAAAAUGGCUUCAAGUGCUGGUGGAGCGGUUAUGCCCCGGAGUUUCCGACUCCUGGAGGAGCUGGAGGCGGGACAGAAGGGAGUAGGAGACGGGACAAUCAGCUGGGGUCUUGAGAAUGAAGAUGAUAUUGAUCUAAAACACUGGACCGGAAUGAUUAUUGGUCCGCCUCGAACAGCAUUUGAGAACAGGAUGUAUAGCUUAAGGAUAGAGUGUAGUAAUUCGUACCCAGAGCAGCCGCCAACAGUUAGAUUCACUUCAAGGAUCAAUAUGAGUUGUGUUUCAUCUACUGGACAGGUUGAUACUAGAGCCGUCCCAGUUCUUAUGAGGUGGGACCGGAACUAUACAAUUAAAACAGUUCUACAGGAGUUGAGACGUAUCAUGCUUAUGAAGGAAAACAUCAAGCUUAGCCAGCCCCCAGAAGGAUCAAACUUCUAAACCAUCCUCUACUCAUAGAUCGUCAGGGACCCCUCAGCACGAUUUCUGACCUCCGAUCUUGAGGUCGUCGUGUUUUAUCAGCUCAUGAUACUUCUGUAUCUCAUCUCUUCCCCCCCAAUCUAUUCCUUUUUUAAGUUUAGUAUUUAGCUGAAUACAUUCAACCUUGAUUAUCUUGAACUAGCAGUUCCUCCGUGUUCGAACAACUCUAAAAGUACGUUCAAGUUUCCGUGUGAUAUUUACUUCGUAGUAGUUGAGAACCCUCUUUUCAUCUCCCUCUCUCCACUCUACAGCUGGACAUAUUUUAAUCACUGCUUCUCAGGAUUUCUUUUAAAUACCGCAACGGGUUUUCAACACCACCAUUUUUGCUGUCAAAGAAAUUUUGAAAACAAAUUUUCUCGCUUUCUUUUUCAUGGUUUUUAUUCUCACAAUUUCCCCAAUCAUUCCUCCACUUUUCAUGUUAUAUCAUUGUAUUUUACAUUUAGUUACAAUAAUCUUAAUUAUUCAAAAUAUGUGAUUUUCUCAAGUUAAAAUCAUGGUUUGGCUAGAAUCCCCUUCUUUGAAGUUGUAACUAAUGAUUUAUCUGAAUCUAUUUUCAGA